AAAAACUUUACACGUGAAAGUAUGAAAUAUGGCGGACCUACUUGCAGCGAAACUUUAAACAAAGUUGUGUUUUAAGACGUGUAAAAUGGGCCUUUCGAAGAGCGAAGCGUACUCAGUCUUGGAGCUACCUCUAGGGGCAAGUUAUGAAGAGAUAAGAUCCAGUUACAAACGCCUGGCUUUAAAAUGGCAUCCUGAUAAACAUAACAAUAGUCAGGAGGCAACAAAGAAAUUCCAGGAGGUGUCCUCGGCAUACAAGCGACUUACCAGUGAGGAUUCAGAUGAUGAGAUCAACUUGACUCCAGCAGAUAUGUUUGAUCUCUUUGCUCACAUUGUCUUUCAACGAAAUGGAAUGUUUGGUGGCUACCCAGGAAUGUAUGACUCUGACAACAGUUGCUACAGUGAUGAUGAUGAGGAUGAUGACGAUGAUGAUGAAUCGGUCGAUGAAAUUCUUCAAAGAAUGGCACAGAGUUAUAGGAAAAAGUCAGAGUCCAAAAAACCCUCUGAAAAAGGUCGUCCUGCACACAAUUUAUCGGAGGCGGAAGCCAUGAAAAAUGCAAAAGAGCUUAUAGAGGAGGAAGAGAGAGACAGGAAAAAAGCAGAAAAACGGAGAGCUAAAAAGAAGGUUUGUUUUUCAUGUAGGGCAUUAACUUGCACCCAGAAAUUAUGA